UCUCGCCGGGUGGUGACUGCGUUGUGUGGGCCCGGCGGCCGCCGCCGCUCUUUCUCCAGCUUCGCCGCCUGUUCCUCCCUCCUCCCUCCCUCCCGCAGUCAUCGCCGGGGCGCGCGCCAUGGCGGAGCCGUCUGCUUCUCCCGCCUCGCCAGGAGCUCAGCCGCCGGCCGCUGCAACAACCCCCGCCGCCGGGUUUCAGCGGCUGCUCUUCACUCACGACCUGGUGUCCGGCCGGUAUCGGGGUUCGGUGCGCUUCGGCCUAGUCCGUGUCAUGCAUGGCGAGGAUUCCGACUCGGAGGAGGAGGACGGCGGACGAGGCCCUGGCGGCCCCGGGGGAGGCGGCCCUGGGGGUGGCGGAGGAGGAGCCGGCAGCUCCGGCGGCUCUGAGUCCGGGGGCCCGGGCGGGGGCGAGGAGAGUCGCGGGAGCCCCCUCCGCCGCGGGUACGUGCGAGUCCAGUGGUACCCGGAGGGCAUCAAGCAACACGUCAAAGAGACCAAGUUGAAGCUCGAAGACAGAUCAGUGGUACCUCGAGAUGUCGUCAGGCAUAUGGGCUCACGUGACAGCCAGUGUGGGACAGUUGUGGAUGUCAAUAUAGAGUGUGCAGUAAAACUGGUGGGAACCAACUGUAUCCUGUAUCCUGUUAACAGUAAAGAUCUUCAGAAUAUUUGGCCCUUUAUGUACGGUGACUGCAUAGCGUAUGACUGGUGGCUGGGAAAGGUGUAUGAUUUAAAGAACCAAAUCAUUCUGAAGCUCUCCAAUGGCGCAAGAUGUUCCAUGAGCACAGAAGAUGCGGCAAAACUCUAUGACGUCUGCCCACAUGUCAGUGAUUCAGGCCUGUUUUUUGAUGAUUCAUAUGGCUUUUAUCCUGGGCAAGUUCUCAUUGGUCCUUCAAAAGUCUUCUCAAAUGUGCAGUGGCUUUCAGGAGUGAAACCUGUACUCAGUACGAAGAGCAAAUUCAGAGUUGUGGUAGAAGAGGUACAGGUAAUAGAACUGAAAGUUACUUGGAUCACUAAAAGCUUCUGUCCUGGGGGAACUGAUAGUAUAAGCCCACCACCAUCUUUAAUCACUCAAGAGAAUUUAUCUAGAGUAAAACGUCUGGGUUGUUUUGACCAUGCUGAACGGCAACUUGGAGAAAGGUGUCUGUAUGUAUUUCCAGAGAAAGUGGAGCCAGCAAAAAUCACGUGUGAAUGUCCAGAGAGAAACUGUGUUCUGGGAGAAGGAUCAGCUUCUAAGAAGAUGGCCUGUCCUUGUUUCGUAUCCAAUGUAAAACCUGAAAAGGUAAGGAGACUACUGAAGAAACAAAUAGUGAAGAUCAUGUCGUGUUCCCCAGACGUUCAGAAUGCCCUUGAUCUCCCUGAAGGAGAAUCUGCUGCAGCAGGUGACCAACAGCCUGAACAUCUUAAAGCCAAUUUGAAAUGUGGAGCAGAGGACUCCUUCAGUGACACUAUAGGCUUGCAGGACUUAAAAAGAGAGCACACUGAUGAAACAAGGAAAGGCUUGUCCUGUGAAGCAGCUGGGCUCCAGAUGCAACCAGCCUUUGUCCUGAAACGGGAUGAUGGCUCCUCAGACUACAAUCUGCAGUCUAUAGAGCAGGAUGCUGAUGAUGAAGCAGCCGAUGACACAGAUGACACCAGCUCUGUAACAUCUUCUGCCAGCUCCACAGCCUCGUCUCAGAGCGGCAGUGGUGCAGGGCGUAAAAAAAGCAUCCCGCUUUCUAUUAAAAACCUCAAGAGGAAACAUAAGAAAAAGAAAACCAAGGUUUCCCGGGAAUUUAAACCAGGUGACAGGGUUGCUGUAGAAGUGGUGACCACGAUGACAUCAGCAGAUGUGAUGUGGCAGGAUGGCAUGGUGGAGAAAAAUAUUCGUUCCAAUGAGCUCUUUCCUGUCCAUCAUUUGGACAAUAAUGAGUUUUGCCCUGGGGAUUUUGUAGUAGAUAAAAGAGCUCAGAGUUCUCAGGAUCCUGGUAUGUACGGAGUGGUGCAGUCAGGCGACCAUGUUGGUCGCACGUGUGUGGUGAAAUGGUUCAAGCUGAGACCGAGUGGAGAUGAUGUGGAGCUGGUUGGGGAGGAGGAGGAUGUUAGUGUGUAUGACAUUGCUGAUCACCCAGACUUCCGCUUCCGCACAACUGAUUUUGUAAUCCGCAUUGGCAAUGCCGAGGAUGGUGCUUCGAUUGGUGAAAAUGAGCCCUCUGUUGGACAGGUGGCCCGAGUGGAUUUCAGCAGUAAAGUAGAAGUUGUAUGGGCAGAUAAUUCCAGGACAAUUGUUCUGCCACAGCACUUGUACAACAUAGAAUCUGAAAUGGAUGAGGAGACAGACCUUGAUUCCAUAGAUGGUAGCACUAGUGGUGCUUCUUCAGAUGAAUGGGAGGAUGAGAGCGAUAGCUGGGAGACAGAUAAUGGCCUCAUGGAAGAUGACCAUCCAAAAAUCGAAGAAGUUGAACCUGAGAAACUACCUGUGGAAGAGGUGAAAAAGGUAGAGGAACAAGUACAAGGUGCUGUGGCAAUGGCUGUGGCUGAUCUAACAACAGAUAAGGCAGGCAAGGAAGCCACCCCAAAGAGUUUCCGAGAGUUGAAGGAGGCCAUUAAGAUCUUGGAAAGCUUGAAGAAUAUGACAGUUGAACAACUGCUGACAGGCUACCCAACCUCUCCCACAGUUGAGCCAGAAAAGCCUACUCGGGAAAAGAAGUUUCUAGAUGAUAUAAAGAAGCUGCAGGAGAAUCUGAAGAAAACCCUGGACAACGUAGCUAUUGUGGAAGAAGAAAAGAUGGAGGCAAUGGCAGAGGCAGAGAAGAAAGAAGAGAGAGAAAUUCAGACACAGACGCAGACAGUGGCAUCAGAAUGGCCCAGUGAAACCCCAGUGCUUUGUCAACAGAGUGGAGGCAAGCCUGGUGUUACCUUCACCAGUGCCAAGGGGGAAGUCUUCUCGGUGUUGGAGUGUGCUCCAGAUAGCCAUGCCUUUAAGAAAAUGGAGUUUCAGCCUCCAGAAGCCAAGAAGUUUUUCAGCACAGUGAGGAAAGAAAUGGCUCUGUUAGCAACUUCAUUGCCAGAUGGUAUCAUGGUCAAAACAUUUGAAGACAGAAUGGAUCUCUUUUCAGCACUAGUCAAAGGACCUACGCGCACACCGUACGAAGAUGGCCUCUUUUUAUUUGACAUCCAACUCCCCAAUAUCUAUCCAGCUGUGCCCCCACUCUUCCGUUACCUCUCCCAGUGCAGUGGCAGACUGAAUCCCAAUUUGUAUGACAAUGGAAAGGUUUGCGUAAGCCUUCUGGGCACAUGGAUAGGCAAGGGCACAGAGAGGUGGACCAGUAAAUCUAGCCUUCUCCAGGUGCUCAUCUCAAUCCAAGGGCUUAUCCUAGUCAAUGAGCCUUAUUACAAUGAGGCUGGUUUUGACAGUGACCGGGGCUUACAAGAGGGCUAUGAAAACAGCCGAUGCUACAAUGAAAUGGCUUUGAUCCGUGUGGUGCAGUCAAUGAUGCAACUGCUGCGCAAGCCCGUAGAAGUAUUUGAGCAGGAGAUCUAUGAGCAUUUCUGCUGCAACGGUUGGCGCCUGAUCCACCGUAUUGAGUCCUGGGUGGAGACCAAUGAACUGGUGGAGAGGAGCCAUGAUCACGCCAGUCUGGCAGAGUCUUCCUUUACGCAUUCAGCGGGAGGCAUUCUGGCCGAGAGUCCUGUAGACAGUAUGGGGCCAUUGGGAGAGCAAGAGUUAGGGGCUGCAGGAGCAGCUAGCCAACUCUCUGAUGGCAAGGAGGAGCUGGAAGACUCCGGUUGUGGAAUGUCAACGGUGGCUGCUAGUGACACCCAUCAGUGUUCAGACUCUGAGAGCAUGGGCCAGGCCAGAGAAGCACAUUUUGCCAGAGACAUAACAGAUGAGGGUAAAGCCGCUCAGGACUCUGCUGCUCAGCCAAGUGUGAAACCAAAGAAAAGGAGAAAGAGCUACAGGAGCUUUCUCCCUGAGAGGAGUGGCUACCCUGAUAUUGGGUUCCCCCUCUUUCCAUUGUCUAAAGGGUUCAUAAAAAGCAUCCGUGGUGUCUUGCAGCAGUACCGGGCUGCCUUAGUAGAGGCUAGUAUCCCUGAGUGGACAGAAGAUAAAUAAAAAAAAAUCAAGUUAGGGACAGACAGGCACACAGAAAGAUAGGGGGACACAGGGAGGAAGAACCUAGCAAAAGUUGUUAACAAUAAAUAGACUGUCUCACUGCACUCCUUCCUCCUUGGCUUGGUUUGUUAUAGAGAAGCAGAAUUCCAUAACUCAUUUCAGGCUGUCUUUUUAAUCACAUUCCAGAUGCACAGGAUGAUUGAGCACACACACACACACACACAAUCACUUCCUUCCACCCCCAUCCCUUCUCACACAAAUGAGCCCCUGGGGCUUGAUUCUGUGAAGAGAGGUGCUGUGGUCUUUCCAUUUCAGAACUUUAGUGAAGUUGGGAUUGGAUCUUUCAGCUCCUAGUCAAUGAAGUGACGACUCCUUCCUUGUUUGAGUUCUUGGGUGGUGUGGAUAUUGCUGAAAAUGGAGACUGAUAAAAUUCUGAAAGAUCCUUAUUCAGUAUCUAGUUGGAAAAAUGUAAUGCUGUAAUAUUCUUCUACUGCCUGACCUAACUUCACUAAAGUCUAUUGAUUAGAAGGAAAUGAAUAGCCCACGUUUCUGCCCUGCAUCAUUCUUAGUUAUUUUCACUGUUGACUAUAUCUAUUGGAACUAAGGGGAUGUGCUGUAUGAAAGCCACCAAAUGAUAAAUGUAAGCAGCUUACUUUCCUUAAUUGCUUAAUCUCUUAGUCAUGAGGAGCAAGUAAGCACAAGGUAAACUGUAUCGAUGAGAUGAGCACUUGGAAUUUUUGGUCUGUCUUAAGUGUACAAUAGCAUAUCUUGUUCCACUUUGCCUUGAAGAGGAAUAGUGCAUAUAGCAUAGUUCACUGUUCCCUUGGAUACAUGAACAUUAUACAAUUAACUAUGAACACUAAGGUACCUCAGGAUGAUUCUCUAAAAAUCGCAUGGUGCAAACCAUAAUUUCUGAAUUUCUGCUUUCACCUGUGUGCUUGCAAAGUGGCAGUUCUGCCUGAUUCUACAUCUCCAUGGAUUCAUAUCAACUCUGCAGCAACAAAGUCUACAUUCUGGUAGACAGUGGGUCUCUCUAAUCAAGCAUCUUUAAAUAAAAUCACACCCUUUUCAUUAAUAAUAUUCAUGGUUCCCAGAUUCUGUAUAAUUUGCUUUAGCUGUUUCCUGGAAUGGUAUUGUGAUGAAGGAGUGGUUGCAGGGAGUGAAAAUGCAUGUUUCCAACAAAUUUCAGUUGGUUAGUUGUCCACAUUCCUGCAUUCAAAACAGAGUUGCGUUCUAUUUUUCAUUUGGUGUUUCUUCCAUCUUUGCAUGGCUUCACAUUUAUUUACCUUUAUUAUUCCUACUCUGAUAACAACCUAGAUGUCCCUCUUAGUCAUCCUCCCAAGAGAAUAAUCCAUUUGGAGAACAUUGAGGGAAAUGACACAAAUCUUGUGUUGGCUUGGAAUGUAGUAAUGAAUUAUUUUAGUAUUGCAGGGUAACAUUUGAGAAAUGGCAGUUCUCUGUUUUAAGAGCUUGCAGCAGGCAAGCUAUCACGGCUCAGGCAAUGAUGACUCAGAAGAGAGGCCAACUUAAUAAAAAUUCAGAGUAGUUGGAUUGAUACAGUCAUCGCAUGAGGUCAGGGAUAGAAUUUACCUGUUGCUUGCACUACCAGGCCCGCCAUUAAUUGUGUAGAGGGGCAGUUCUGAGGUAUUGUCACAUUUCUUAUGCAGAUAAUGGUACUUCAUCUUCCCCAGAGAGAAUUAACCAGCUGCCUAUCUUAACAUGAUGUCCCUUUUCAAAAGCCUGCCUUCUUCCAAAUUGUAAUCAUGUAACUGCCCAGUUGGUUCCAAGAGGAACCACAAAAAUGGAAUUAUGCAAGCUACAGGAGAGCCACCUUUCUCAAAACACAAUGAAGGACUUGUGUGAAUUGCUAGCAUUCUACCCCUGCAAAGAUUUUGCUUAUUCUUUCCUCCUUGGAAUCUGCUGACAUCUUUUACAUUCUCAAGCACUGGCUCCUUUAUCCUUGCUGUUCUUCGCCCUUACCAGAGGCAUGCACAGAAGUUUACAUCCCCCCUCCCCCCUUUAGCUAUUGAAUAAUGUGAAGCUCUAGAUUAUGCAGUUGCCACUGGGCAUAUUGCAGCCGUGUAACUUUUUUGGGUGUAUGUCUGUAAUCCAGAGUGAAGAGACUGUCAAAAGAGACAGACCGCUUAUACAUACACACCAAGAAGCCAAAGCAUGAGGCAUAUUGUUAGUCUUGAGAUGGGCCACAUGAUUGUGAUGUAUAAAUUAAAAUCUUAUCUGUUAAGUGCUGGGGAGGGAAGGGGAAAAGAAAUAUUACUAUACUUUAUAGACUUGAUUCUGUACAGUAUUUAAAACCGAUGGAGCUGUCAUCUCGGGGCAAUGCUUAGGGAUAUGUUACUUUUGCAGCUGUGAAUGCUUGGUUGCUUACAAUAUAUGUAUAAAGUACUGUGUGAUGAAUCUUUUUUUACUGGCAAAUUUUGUUUGGCUAAUUAAGAUGCAGUAAUAAAGGAGAGAAAGUGGCUUGCCAUUACCUUCA